UUACAGGGAAUAAAGGACAGCCAGUUACAAGUGACUCGAACACAAUGUUUGUUGGUGACUUGAUAGUGGUCCUACAGAACAUCCUAGAGAACCCAUCAGAAGAAGCUAACGAACAUCUUGGAAUGGUCAGCAUUGAGAUUUUGAUGGUUCUGUUGAUAAGAUAUGUACGGAUGGUAGACCAAGGCAUGCACCACGAAAACAUGUUGAAGCUAAAAAUAAAACUCUGUCAUCUUUACAAAAGUAUGAUGAAUAGGAGAGAUAGUUUGACAUUCCGUCAGGAGAUAAAAUUCCGAAACAAGAUUGUGGACCACUUAUCUGACUGGAUCCUCUGUAUUUCUAGGUCAAAUGACAAGGCAAGACUUAGGGAACUAGGAGAAGCUACCAUGGAGGCAAUUGCCAGUCUACUUGUGAGCCUCCCGCUGCAAACCGAAGAGGGUGAAAAUGGUACCCUAAUGGAAGCCAAGUCAGAGCUCUUCCAAAAAUAUUUAAAACUGUUCAUGAAGUUUAUUGAUGAUCAUGACGAGUCGAAAGAAACAAGUCAUCGUCAGAUAGCAAGCAGUGUAUCGUUGCGUAACCACACCAUCUCAGCCGUAUCCAAUCUACUAAGCGCUAACAUAGAGUGCGGCCUUACACAUUCCAUUUGGCUUGGUUACCAUAGCGAUGUACAGACGAGGGCAGCGUUUCUUGAAGUAUUGACUCAAAUAUUACAGCAGGGAACAGAGUUUGACACACUUGCAGAGACUGUACUAAGCGAUCGAUUUGAACGUCUUGUUGGAUUAGUGACCAUGAUGGGUAACAGUGGUGAACUACCUAUUGCUAUGGCCCUUGCUAAUGUUGUACCCUCCACUCAAAUGGAUGAACUUGCCAGAGUAUUUGUAACUUUAUUCGAUGCAAAACACCUUCUGUAUCAGUUGCUGUGGAACCUCUUCUCAAAAGAAGUAGAUUUAGCUGAUUGCAUGCAGACCCUAUUCAGAGGCAACAGUCUCUGCAGCAAGAUUAUGGCAUUCUGCUUCAAGAUGUAUGGUGCCAGAUACCUGCAUAAAAUAUUAGAACCACUUAUUAUGGAUAUCCAAUCCCCCGGCAUGCCCCCUUCAUUCGAAGUUGAUCCCACAAGGUUAGAAGAAGGAGAAAAUUUACGAUCCAAUCAGAGAAACCUUCUACAUGUUGCCAAGAAGUUCUUUGAUACUAUAAUUAGUGCAGCUGAUAGUUUUCCCUCCCAGCUUCGUAGUAUGGCACACUGUCUUUAUCAAGUUGUCCUCCAUCGAUUCCCUCAAAAUGCCAUUAGUGCUAUUGGCAGUGCCAUUUUCCUACGGUUUAUUAAUCCGGCUAUAGUGUCCCCUGUAGAGCAUAGGAUAGUUGAUCGUAAGCCCCCUCCCAAGGUACAACGAGGGCUCAAACUGGUGACCAAGAUCCUGCAGAACAUUGCCAACCAUGUGCUCUUCAAGGAACAGUACAUGCUACCAUUCAACGACUUCCUCAAAGAGAAGUUCGAUGAAGGAAGACAGUUCUUUAUGAAGAUUGCUUCUGAUUGUAAAUCAGGAGGCUGUAUGAGCCCAACAGUAUCUUACAUCACCGAAGUCAACAUCUACUCACUCCAUCGACUACUUUGGCUGAACCAGGAGAAGAUGGGCGACUUCUUAACAAGCAGCAGGGACCAUCGUGCUGUUGGUAGACGUCCCUUUGACAAACUCAUUACCCUAUUAGCUUACCUUGGUCCUCCAGAACAUGGAAAAGUAACCAUCGAUACACAUAGUGAUAUUAGUCGUAUUAACCUGGGAGAAUUAAUGGCAAAACGUGGUAACAGUCAAGAACUAGAGAAAUUAAGGACGAUGAAGAUAUUUUACCAAGCCGGUACAUCAAUGGCAGGCAAUCCAGUGUUUUAUUACAUUGCAAGGAGAUACAAGUCGGGUCAAGUAGAUCCUGAUCACCUGUUGUGUCAUGUGAUGAACUCAUUGAAGGAGUAUGACAAGAGACCAGUGGAAGUUGUAAUUGAUUGCACCUUCUUUGGACCAGAUAACAGAUUCAAGCAAAAUCAGUUAAAUCGCUGGUUAAUGCUUGGUGAACGCAUCUUCAACAACCUCUGCCAAGGCUACAUCUACAACUGUAACACUUAUUUACGAGACUACAUUAAACGUCAUGAAAGGAUUCUGUCGCCAAGUCUCAAGGGCAACCGAAGAUUUAUUUUUGUAGAAUCACCUCGUAAGCUGGAAGAGUUUAUUGAUCUCGACCAGCAGAGACUCCCAAAGUCAACAGUGUCAAUCGAUGAAGAUUGCAAGAUCUUCAGUGGAGCACAAAGACGUUACAGCGACUCAAACAAAGAUAUUAAAGUCACUAUUAAAGUGGGACAAAGUGCAAUUCAAGUUACAUCAACUGAGAAGACAAAGUUGUUAGCACAUCAAGUUCUUCUUAAUGAUAUUUAUCAAGUAACUGACAUUAGUGAGAUAAUUUUAGUUGAGAACGAGAACCAGUUUGAGCUUUCAUUGCGGAAUGAAGGAAGAAGUCUGCAUUUCUACCAUUCCAACAGCCUUGUGGUAGCACAGGCAAUCCAACAAAUCAAAAACAAAUAUGAAAUAUCUAAAUCGGACAUGGCCUCGGACCAUCCUAAGAUUCGGCCGACAGACGUGCCCGGUACGCUACUCAACAUGGCACUUCUCAACUUGGGUAGCAACGACCCGAGUUUACGCUCAGCGGCAUACAACUUGCUCUGCACAUUGUCAGCAAGCUUUGAUCUGUCAAUGGAAGGGCAGCUUCUGGAGACAUCUGGUCUGUGCAUCCCUGCCAAUAAUACUCUGUUUAUCGUGUCCAUCAGUACCACACUUGCUGUCAAUGAGAGUCAUCUUACUUUAGAGUUUCUGGAAGAAUGUAUCUCAGGGUUUCGUAAGUCAAGUAUUGAGAUGAAACACCUGUGUUUGGAGUACAUGACUCCUUGGCUACCAAACCUCUCAAGGUUCUGUAAGAGGACGGAUGAAACAAAGAGAAUGAGGCUGAACGUCAUCCUAGACAAGCUGAUUACCAUGACGAUAGAUGAGAAGGAGAUGUACCCAUCAAUCCAAGCCAAGAUCUGGGGUACAAUUGGUCAAGUUGAAGACAUCUUAGAUAAUGUCCUAGACAGUUUUAUUAAAAAUAGUGCAACAGGAGGCCUAGGUUCGCCAAGGGCUGAAGUAAUGGCUGAGACAGCUGUUGCUUUAGCCUCUGCAAACGUUAAACUUUUCUCUGCAAAGGUCAUCGAAAGACUCUGUAAGGUUCUGGAGAAAACAUGUAAUGCACCAACACCGAAUCUUGAGAUGCAUCUGAUGUGGAAUGAUUUAGCAAUCCUGGCCAGGUACCUGCUGAUGUUGUCAUUCAAUAAUAGAUUAGAUGUGGCAAACAAUCUUCCAGCAUUGUUCCACAUUACAACGAUGUUAGCAUCUACUGGGCCACCACCGUUGAGGGCGUCUAUCCACGGACUAGUCACAAAUAUUAUCCACUCAUUGUGUACUUGCAGUCAACUAGAAUUUACCGGAGACACAAUACGAGUAUUGCAGCUGAGCCUGACGGAGUUAUCAUUGCCACAUUAUUAUGACCUCUUUGGUCUCGACAAAGACAAGUCUGCUGCAGUGACAGCAUUUCGCUCCAGUUAUAAGGAGAAGCCGUACAGUCCGACGGGCGACUCCAUGCCUUUGCCAAAUUUAGAAAUUAUCACAGACACGCUGCUUGAAAUCCUAGAGGCUUGUAUGAAGGACAUUCCAAACUGUAAUUGGCUUAACGACUGGACAAAGCUGACAAGAAAAUUUGCGUUCCAGUACAACCCAGCGAUUCAGCCCAGGGCAUUGGUAGUUCUAGGCUGUAUAAGCAAUUCCACUAGCAAUGCAGAGGUCAAGUACCUGUUAAAGAUAAUGGCCCAAGCCCUGGACAAGAUUAACCCACAGGAAUCCAGCAAUGUUGGCUUAAUUGAGGCUAUAGUGAUCGCACUCACUCGACUACAGCCACUUCUACCACCAGAAUCUCCACUACAUCGACUUCUCUUCUGGAUAGCCAUCUCUGUGCUUCAGUUGGAUGAGGUCACUCUAUAUUCAGCUGGAAUGGCACUCCUUGAACAAAAUCUGCUGCAACUUGACCAGCAAGGAGUUUUUGAAAAUGAGUGUCCUCAAGAAGUGUUCCUUAAAGCCAGAGAGCGUGAAUCAUUGCAGCUUUAUUUUGAUAACAUUGAUAGGACAGCUGCACUCAGUUUCAAAAAACACUUCCAUUUUGCCAUGGUUGGACAUUUACUCAAAGGUUUUCGACAUCCAAGUCACACUGCUGUCUCACGGACAAUGAGAGUACUUAACCUAAUGUUGGCCUGCAUUGCUAAAUACAGGAAUUGUGACAAGUUUGAAGUGAGCAAUGAGAGUAUAGCAUAUCUCAUAGCAUUAUUGCCAGUGUCUGACGAAGUAAGGAGUCGCUGCAGCACCAAACACCGCCAUCCUGACCCCAUUGAAGAUGACAUGGGACCGGUCUUCAUAGUAAACACAAAUCCUCAUCCGCCAUUACCAUACCCAAGACCUACCUCACCCCAACCUUCACCUCCGGACCCAACGGGUCUAUUCAUCCCACGUCCCAGACCCCCGAUGAUGGAACCGCACAAGCUUGUCUACCCACCGUGCAACCUGAAACCUCCUGAUUACGGACAGUCGCAUCUUCCGAAUCUGGAUGUGAAGCCAAAACGGAACAUGCAUCCACAGCCGGUGCGAAGAAUAUCUACUGCCACGGAUAAUGUGCUCUUAGAUGAAGAUGUGCUCACAGAUUAUGAAACAAGGCUGCUUCUCCUUACUGUGCUGGCCACCCUUGGGCGUAAUGCCAACGAGAGUGAAGCACGUAUUUUGUUUGAGUAUCUGGCUGAGGCAAGUCAAGUAUUCCCUAAGGUCUUCCCCAUUGUGCAUAAUUUGUUAGGGUCUAAAAUAGUAACAGCAUUGAAGGAGUUUCCAGAUGGUGCCACUUUAUCAGCUGUCCAAUGUAUCAUACAGAAUAGUACGGCCUGUGAUGAUUCGGCCAAUCAUCACUUAGCUAUGUUACAGAGUAUGGGCUUUGGAGGUCUCUGGAGGUUUUCUGGCCAUUUUUCACAUUGUGGUCAGCUUGAAGAGAAAGCUGAAAUUUUUACAAAGCUUUUAAGGACGAUAAUUUCAACGUGUAUCCCAGGAGAAGAGUUGGAACCAGAUGAAUCCAAUCCUUCAAGUUUAUUAACAAUAUCAACAAACGUUAGUUUAUCAAGCUCAAUGUCGUCUCUGUCCUUGUCGUCUUUACAAUCUCCGACGGAACUUGAUCAUUUUGAUCUGACAGCAUCCGUUGGCAGCAGUCGGUUUCGGCACGUGUCAUCACCAUCCAACGAAAGACUAGGUCGAAAAAACCAGACAGGGGGCAGAUAGCCAAAGAAAAAUUUUGUGUGUAAACUUGGAAAACUUACGAUAGGUACUUAUCAAUACUUAUCAGUCAUUUAUCAAUAGAUUGCUCAAAGGUGAAUAUAUUAGAAAAAUUAAGGUAAAUUUUGGUGGUGGAAUUUAAACACAAAAACACUCUUGAAAUUUAAUUAAAAAUAGGUGGCCUACUGUAACAGACAAAGUAUAUGAAUGUUUUAUCUUACAGUUUGAUAUUUAUCUAGCCAGAAUCAAUCAAACCAAGUUUUAUUGAUAGCAAUGAGAGAUUGAGUUUUAGAGUUUUAAAAUACACACAUAUCAAGACUUCGCCACAGACAGCUGUACCACUGUGUUAGAGGAAAUAUAGAUUUAGGAUAUUUAUAGAAAAAAGUAAAUAGUAAUAAUGAAUAAUAAUAAUAAUAAUAAUAACAGUAGUAUUUAUUAUUUUUGUUUAGCAUAGAGAGCGAGCACCAGAUCUACAAAUUGUUACUUAUUACUUGUCACCUUGUCUCACGUAAGGCGGUGUUUACGCAGCACACCAUUAUCCAAUCACAAACUUAAUCGUAACCCAUCAAAUUUGUGCAGAAAUUUAGGCUUUCAACUCGCCUACAAUGCUCUGUUAAUUAUCUCAUUCACAUAUUUCCUCUUCCUACAUCAACAAUAAAAAAAAAUGCCUAAAAAUGUCAUGCAGUGAAGUUAACUCAUUUAGUAGUGAUAUUUACUAUUCAUUACUAUGUUUCCCAUUAGAGUUUGGUUUAACCAGAGCUCAAAUGUACAACCAAAAGAAGUAAAUUUGAAUUGUGGUUUAUAAUAUCCAGCAGUUGGGGUAUUUUUGUAGGAAAUUUUUUAUUGGAUAAUAUUUCAAUUCCUGCAUAAACACAGCCAAUAAAAAUCAUUAACAAUUUAUAAGCAACUGAAAUUAUAGUUUUAAAUUGUGAAGGGCUCAAUCAGUGGGUUUUUUUUACAAAAUAUUUUAUAAAUUGUUUCAUCAUCACCAUCAUCAUCAUUAUCAUCAACAGCAAUGGUAUAGUUUUGAUGAAAUUUCUUCUCAACUUGAGUACAGUAGUUGUAACAAAUCAAAAAUAGAUUUCCCAGAAUGUUGACAAUCAGUCAAAGAACAGAAAACAUUUGUGCAUCUUAUCUGUAAUGACUCAUUUUCUUUCAGCACCUUUUAAAAAAUAUUUCUAUGAAAUUAUUUGCGUAAUAAACAUGCGAUUUUAAUACGGUAUACUGUAGAGUACAUACGUACGGUACGUUAUACCUUGGUUAAAAGAGCGUGCUACAGCGUUCCACGUUAAAAUAAAAACUGUAGCUUAAUAUUUAGGUAUGUCGGUAAAAAUAGUAUACGCCAUUGUUUCUACACCUCUUUAUAUGUCCUAUCGGAAAGUAUUCUAACAAAAUUUGUAAUGUUAAAAAUUUUAAAUCCUGGAAUAUGAAGAAAAAAGUUUUUUCUUAGUUCAACUUUGUAAUAGUUGGACUUGCUGAUGCUGUAGCUAAGUGAUUCAUUAACUGCUAUAAUUUGAACACAAAAUGAGUCCCAAUGUACAGUCUAUCAUUAUAUGAAUUGCUUCAAUAGUUACCGCCAUUAAAUCGUGUAUCUUUUCUUAAGUUUAUGCCACCUGCCCACCACCCCAGCAUUUUGUGCAAUCACUAACUUAUUAGUAAUCAAUACAGGAAUUAGUUACGAUUAUAACAAAUACUUUAGUAUGAGAAAUGUUAGGUUUAUUCACAAAUACCACCGAAAUGUUAUGUUACAGUUCUUGUUGAAUGUCCACAUAAAACUGAUCUGUUUUAUCUUAUAUUAUUUACUUGUUUUGAUGAGAGUACUUACUGUGUUUUAAUAUGUGAUUGGUGUAUUAUUUUGUAUACUAUAGUUUUAUUAGCAUUAUCUUAGUUACUUGAUGAAAGCCAUGUUUUAUUUAAGAUUUUUUUAUUACAACCUAUUUAGUAUUACAUCCUAUAAUAAUGAUGCAUCCUAAAUGUAUUACUGCGCACAAUCAUGUUACAAAGUAAUUUAUGCAAUCAUAAUUGCUUAAAUAAAAUUGACUUGUCAUUUUUUUAAUUUAUAAAUGUCAUGCUGAUAGUUAAUUAUAUCCCCCUGUCAUAUGGUAUUACUUUAAUUUUUGAUAAAGCAAACAUACAAAAUUAUAAUAUUCUUGUAAUAUGGUUUACUGUGUGAUCAGUGUUGCUUACUUUAAAAAGGAAGUAAUUAAUUGCAUUUUAAUAUUGAUAAACUACUUGAGCUUGCCUGGCCAGAAUUAAGCAAGGAUUCUAAUACAAGCAGUUGGUUUCCUAAUGCCAUGUGAAAUGCUGUCACAUGACAUGGUAUGAUGUAUUGUCAUGUGACUGGCAUCCUUCCAAAUUUUUUGAAGCAAUUAAUUAAAAAAAAAUGCUGAAAGAGAGCGAUUUGGUUGAUAGACUUGCGUGUAUUGUACUUGCCUGCUUUAUUGUAGUUUGUGAAUUCCAUUUAAUUUUAUCAGUCUAUAUAAAACCUUGCUAAAAAUUCACUUAUUGCACUUGAUACUUUAUCAUUAUUUUAAUUUACCUAUGUACUUGUGUUUCUAGAAGUCACCAUAAAAUACUUCUCUUUUAAAUUGUUAUCCUUGUUUUUCACCUUUUUUGUCCUAAUUUUAUUGAAAUUUUGCUCAUUUCCCAGACCAAUCUCAGGAACCAUUUUGUUCUUACCAGACACCAUCUCCUUUCAUAUCUUGUAUGUUUCUAUCUGUUGCCUCCCUAAACAUUGAGAAGUUUUAAUGCAAUGUCAACAGAUGUAAUGAACUGUGUGUUUAUGAUUCAAUAUUUUAUUUUAAAUAAUCAUUAUUAAUAUGUACAGCUUCCUGGUUCCACUUUAUAAUGUAAGUGUUUAUGUUGAAAUAUUUGUUUUAGUCAAAUCUCAUAUAUUGAUCACUAGACAAUUAUUAUGUAGUGUUGUAAAGUUUAAAUAUAGAAAGAAAUAUUAAGAUAAUCCUAAAUUUUUUAAUUUUAAGCCACAGAUAAUGUAAUUGCAGAAUUUGUAGAUUUUAAUCAACCAAGAAAAAUUGCUGAAAAAAUUUGAAAAGUUAAUGAUUUAAAUAAUAAUCAUUGAUCCAGAAGGUAUAAAGAUGAUUAUUGAUAUCGUCUGUCUAAUUUUACGAUGUACUGUAGUUACACAUACAUGUACGUAGGCGUGGUUCUAGUGGCAUGUUAUUGUAGUUUUUGUACAAAAAUUUAGAUUCCACUUUCACUGAAUUGUAAAUAAGUUAUACUUGGUAUAUGCAAAAAACAGAAGCCAUUUAAUUGUGGGGAAAAUAGCAUUAUUUUGUGCCAUCAAAAUUGUAUAUGAAAAUAAAUUACCGAAUAUUGAAAAGUGAA